AUGGCCUUCUACGACUCGUUUCCGAGUCACCGGGGCAUACCCAAGGACCGUCACCCUUCCGCAUACCAAGGGUUUGGCCGGGAACAUUGGGCACGAGAAAAACAUGUUAGACAGGAACCUCUUCGAGCUAGAGAGACCCCCAGGGAACAUAGGGAGCGACGGGCUCCUAGACAACCGGAUCCGCCUGCCCAGCGCGACAAUCUCGACCACAGCAACGAGAAUCAUGAAAUCUACCUUUCGCAGGUUCUAGCCGAACUUAGGACUGAGAAGAGAAAGAGAGAAGCCGCCGAAAAGAGGCUCAAAGACAAGUCAAACGCGCUAGCAGAAAACGAAGCCACUUUCGCAGCCGUCAUGGACCAGUUCCAGCAUCUGCAACUGCGUGAAGAGCAUCGCAAAACACCACUUGAAAAGCUCCACCACAACGACCUCCAUGGCAUUCAGCAUCACCACGAGCAAGGGGCAAUGCGUGAAGCGGAAAAAGAGGCUAUGGGAAGAAAGGAUAUAGAUAUCAUUCGGGCACAGAUGAUGAUUUGGGUAAGGCAGCUUGAGCAUAUAGAAGAUAGAGGGAAGAGGGAGGUACAGCGAUCUAGGAGCGCGGAGAUGACAAGCGUCGUAUGUGGCAUUUGCGAGAUAAAGGGGAGUAUGAAGUGGGCGCUGGAGUCUGCGCUGUUCGAUACGUAG